AUGUCUUCCAACGCCACACAUCACGCUCGACGAUAUUGUACAGAGAUCACGCCGCAAUGUCCUGUGGAGUUGACGACUUAUGGCUACUAUCCUAACCUUAGCGUCAACUCUUUCUUCAUUGCCCUGUUUGGAUUGUGUCUCUUGCUCCAACUGGCGCUCGGCACUUGGCGACGGACAUGGACCUAUCUUGGUGUCGUGGCCAUUGGCUGUUUCGGUGAGGCCGUUGGCUACAUUGGUCGGGUGAUUAUGCACCACAACCCCUGGUCCGGUGCUGGAUUCAAGACUCAGAUCUGUUGCUUGGUGCUGGCUCCCAGCUUUCUGGCGGCCGGUAUCUAUGUCACGCUCAAGCAUCUCGUGCUUUACUGCGGACCAGAACAUUCACGACUGAAGCCGAGGCUUUACCCCUGGAUCUUCAUCGGAUGCGAUUUCGGAUCAAUUGUGCUUCAGGCCAUCGGAGGCGGUACUGCUGCCGCUGCGGGCGAUCAAGGUGGAAACAAGAAGCUUUUGGAUGCUGGUGACGGUUUGAUUGUGGCCGGCAUUGCAUUUCAAGUCGCUACGAUGUCCGUGUGCGGUCUUCUCAUCCUUGACUACUACAUUCGCUUUCAGAAAGCGAAGAAGUCGAAUGCUCUCGCACAUUCGGAAAGCGAGUACGAGAAGAACGCGGCAGACCCUAAUACGAGUCGAAACUUCCGUCUAUUCUGUUUCGCCAUCGGUGCUGCCUUUUUCACUAUCCUGAUUCGAUGCAUUUAUCGGCUGCCUGAGAUGGCCGGAGGCUGGGGAAAUACUCUGAUGCAAAAAGAGACGGAGUUCUUGCUGCUCGACGGAAUGAUGGUGGGCAUUGCUUGUGUAUUGAUGACCGCCUUCCACCCUGGAUUCUUCUUUGAGCCGAUGAGGAAGUUCAAGAAAUGA